AUGGAAGAUUACUGGUUAUGUUAUCUUAUUAUAUUUUGGUUUGUUUUGUUAAUUGUUCAGAAAGUGGUGAUUAAUCUUUAUUUUAGACCAAGGAGAAUUCAAAAUCAUUUUUUGAAGCAAGGGAUUAGGGGUCCUAAAUAUAAUUUUUUGUUGGGAAAUCUUAAAGAAAUUGCUGAUUUACAACUUCCUUCUUCUCAGCACUUCUCUUUAUCCCAUGACAUUGUUCCUAGAGUCUUUUCUUUCUACCAUCAUUGGAAGAAUAUAUAUGGUGCAACAUUUGUUGUGUGGUUUGGGGCAACAGUUCGUGUGUCCAUCUCAGAUCCAACGCUUAUUAGGGAUAUGUUGCUUGUAAAAUCAGACAACUUUGAGAAAAUUGAAACACCUCCAUCCGCCAAGAAGCUCGAAGGAGACGGUUUGCCCAAUCUCAGAGGAGAAAAAUGGGCUCACCAUAGAAAGAUAUUAACUCAAAUAUUUUACUCACAAAAUCUCAAGCUAAUGAUUCCUAUGAUGGGGAAGAGCAUGAAGGAUAUGUUGAACAAAUGGUCAUCAAAAAUGUGCAAGGAUGGCAAGGUGGAAAUAGAAGUUUCAAAAUGGUUUUUGAGCUUGUCUGAAGAGGUGGUUACACAUACGGUGUUUGGAAGCAGCUAUGAAGAUGGAAAAGCCAUCUUCGAGUUGCAAGCACAACAAUUGGCUUAUGCCACUAAUGCUUUUCAUCAACUUUUCAUUCCCGCAUUUAGGUUCUUGCCUACUAAGAAGAACAUAAUUUCUUGGAAAUUGGACAGAGACGUUAGAAGUUCAUUGAUGAAGCUAAUUGAACAUAGGAAAAAGAGUUUAGAGUUUGAUGAAUCGGAGCUGGAAGGUCCAAAGGAUAUGUUGGAAGUAAUUAUCAAAGCUAGUAGUAAUAAUAAUUCAAAUAGUCCUGCUAUCAAAGUUGAUGACAUUGUAGAAGAAUGCAAAACCAUGUUCUUAGCUGGCAAAUAUACAACCUCAAAUUUGCUGACAUGGACAACCAUUCUACUAGCCAUGAAUCCACACUGGCAACAACUUGCACGUGAUGAGGUUUUCAACGUCUGUGGAGCACGUGACACCCCAUCUAAGGACGAUAUUGCAAAACUUAAAAUAGUUGGUAUGAUCUUGAAUGAAUCCCUCCGGCUCUAUCCACCUCUUGCUGCAAUACUCCGACGUGCCAAAAUCGACACGAAAUUGGGGAACUUGAAUUUGCCUAAAGGGACAGAGCUACUUAUUCCAACUAUAGGAAUCCAUCAUGAUGCAGAAUUAUGGGGAGACGAUGUGAAUGAAUUUAAUCCUGGAAGAUUUGAGCGCGGCGUCGCUCAAGCAGCGAAAAGCCCCAUAGCCUUCAUGCCUUUCGGCUUAGGCGCUCGCCACUGCAUUGGACAAAAUUUAGCUAUCAUACAAGCUAAAUUAGCCAUAGCUAUGAUGUUGAUGCGUUUCUCGUUUCAACUUGCUCCAACUUACCAACAUGCUCCUACUAUUCAUAUAUUUCUAUGUCCACAAUAUGGAGCUCCAAUCAUUUUCAAGAAAUUGUAGUCUACUA